AUGGCUUUGGUGCUCCAUAGACCAGACAGGAUAGCUUUGACUGUCAGUUUUAGUUAUCUAAAGUUUAAAUAUUUGCUAAUACAUGUUAUCUUAGGGUUUUUUAAGGCAUUCUGGUGAGAACAAUUCUUACUGUAUGUCAGCAGAAUGCAAAAGCCUUUUACUUUUGAAGAAUUCUUACGGUCUCAAGAUUUGGUGAACAUUGCUACUGAGCAAAUUGGUGCAGAGGAAUUUCUGACUCAGACAAGCGAGAUGGGGAAAGCAAAGGUUGCCAAAUACAUUGUUGAGGAGUCAAAGGGUAGAAAUGUAGAGAGCUGUAACUACCGUUUCAAGGUAGAACAACUUUCAGCAUUACCAAGACAUUUGGAAGCCCCAAUUUGGGACUUAGUUAUAAAAGCUCAGCAUUUCCAGAAAAAUGUUCUCAAAGUCUGGAGAAGUUUGUUUCUCUCAAAAUCAUCUAUUGCACUGUUACAGGAUUCUUUUUGGUGGUGGCUUCUCCAAAAGUUUAAGCCUAACCAAGAAGAUCAAGACCACUUAUUUGACAGAAUUGCAGAUUUUGUGGCAAAUUUUCUUCUUGUUCCCAGGGAUGAUAAAGAUGCUUUUUUUCAGGUAUACCCUGAUUGUUUGUCACAAGUCAUUUAUUGAGCUUUCUAUGAAGCAUUUCCUGAAUCUAUUAAAUGUUUUGAUGAUGAUUUUAAGGAUGGAUUGGUAGACAAGUUUUCAGUAGACAUCAGAAGGUUUGCAUACUUCAAAGUUAUGUAUGCACCAAACUCCAAAUGGGCCUUUAACUUGGAAGAGCUGGGUCUAAAACCAAGGAAAUGUGUAUGGAAGAAAUGAAAUCUCGAAAGCUUUAAGGCUGCCACAGUAAAUCAUACCAGUAAAGAUGCUACUGCUAACAUACAAGCUAGUGCAUCUGCCAGUUCUACAGCAGCCACAGAGGGUAUAAUUUGCAAAGAUCUACUUGAAGAUAGGAAGUAUAUGGCAGAUGAAGAAAUAAGUGAAGAUUGUGAACAUACAAGUGAUACACCAAAGGAAUCCAAAACCAUAACAGAGUCCUCUUGUAUCGGUUCAGAUCCAGAAUGCAAGCGCGUGCUCUUCCGAUUCGGUGGCCAAAGUCCUUUGGUCUCCUGCUGUCUUAAGACACAUGAAAUAGAUAAUGCUGCGUCGUGUUCCUUGACUUGCAGGACUAAUUGUACUGAACUAAAACAGAGGAAGACGGGUGGUUUUUCAUGCGUUUAUGUAAUGAGCAAAAGGCAGCUAAUGAACACGUCAGGAAAUGUCCGGAGAAAACCUAAAAAUGGACAAAUGUGCACAUUUCGCGCUGCAGUUGCUCCAACGUAUCAAGAUGUUAUUAAAGAGACACGUGGACUCAGAGGAAUUUCGGAAGGAUUAUACUGA